AUGGCAGACACACAAGCAAAUUCGUUCCCACGUGGGACGCAAAACGCAGCCAACGAAGUCUUAGACUUGAACGCCACAAACAAUGACAUUCAAGCAAAGUCGCAAGCAGAAGAAAAGAUCCUUACAGGUCUCCCUCUUGUUUUGGUUCUGAUCGCUUUGGUCAGCGCCAUGUUUCUGGUUGCAUUGGAUCGAACAAUCAUUGCAACGGCCACACCCAAGAUCUCCGACCAGUUCCACGCAAUAGAGGACAUUAGCUGGUAUGCCAGCGCAUACCUUGUGACCAGUAGCGCCACCCAGCUGCUCUGGGGCCGCAUCUACACCUUCUACUCGACCAAGGCCAUAUUCCUCUCCGCCGUCGUGAUCUUCGAAGUGGGCUCAGCUGUAUGCGGUGCCGCUCCCAGCUCGACGGCUUUCAUCAUUGGUCGCGCGAUUGCUGGGAUAGGCUCGGCGGGUAUCUUCAAUGGCACCACGGUGAUCAUUACUAAGGUCAUGCCUCUGCACAAACGGCCCAUCUUUGUCGGGUUGAUGGGCUCGACAUUUGGAAUCUCUUCUGUUGUGGCUCCUUUGAUGGGUGGUGCUUUUACCGAUCGGGUGACCUGGCGCUGGUGCUUUUAUAUCAAGUACUCUCCCCAUUGGAGGGGUUGUGUUGGUCAUUUCGACCAUCCUCCUUCACGCACCUUCCUGAAGGAUAGCACGUCGCUGAGGCGCCAGAUAAUCCGGCUCGAUCCCCUCGGCACAUUUCUGUUUCUGCCGGCCGUGGUAUGUUUUCUCUUGGCUCUCCAAUGGGGUGGGGCGGUAUACAGCUGGAACAACGGUCGCAUAAUAGCUCUGUUCGUUGUAGCAGGUGUCUUGGCCAUCGCGUUUGGCAUUGUUCAAGUGUGGCGGCAGGAAGACGCCACUCUUCCGCCACGGAUCGUCAAAGACCGCAAUGUGGCACUGGGCGCUGUAAUGAUGUUCUUCUCCGCCGGCGCCAUGAUCUCCAUGCUCUACACGCUUCCUUUGUGGUUCCAAGGAGUCAAGGGGACGAGUGCCGUGCAGUCUGGUAUCGACAACAUCCCAAUGGUGCUGGCAAUGGUGCUCUUCGUAAUUGUCUCGGGCGGGGUCAUCACGAAUACAGGCCAUUAUAUGCCAUUUGCCUAUUUGUCAGGAACCCUGAUGGCCAUUGGCGCCGGCCUCCUCACGACUCUGAGAGUGGACUCAGGCCAUCCAGAGUGGAUCGGCUAUCAGGCUCUCUUCGGGUUUGGACUUGGCCUGGGGAUGCAAGUUCCCAACAUCGCCACGCAGACAGUGCUUGCGAAUGUCGAUGUUCCAAUUGGUAUUGCGGUGAUUUUCCUGUUCCAAUCGCUCGGCGGUGCGAUCUGGGUUGCUGUCAGCCAGAGUCUGUAUACCAAUUAUCUGACCAGCACGCUGCCAAGCAUCUCGGGCAUUGACACAAGUUCAAUUCUCCGAGCUGGUGCGACUGGAAUCUCUAAGAUUGUACCGGCGGAUAAGCUGAGGCCCGUCCUGGUUGUUUACAAUGAAGCUUUGCGCAGGUCAUUCAUCUUACCGGUCGCGUUAUCUUGCGCGAUAAUCCUUCCAUCCUUGGGUAUGGAGUGGCGCAAUGUCAAAAAGGAAAGUGAAAGACGAGAAAAGGAAGAUAUCGGCCGUCGAAAGAUGUCGAAAGAGGACGACCGGAGAGGCUCUGGUGUUGAGAAAGAUGCUUAG